AUGUCGACUACCCAGACUACGCAGUCCAGAAGCCAUGCAGGACACUCUCAUGGACAUGGACAUGCCCACGGCUCAGAGUAUCUGACGUCCAAGAAUAAAAAUGAUGCGGGAGUCAGAAUCACACGAAUAGGACUGUUUGUGAACCUGGGCAUGGCCAUUGGCAAAGGAAUAGGGGGUUACGUCUUCAACUCUCAAGCACUGAUUGCGGAUGGUUUCCAUGCGCUGACCGAUCUCGUGUCUGACUUUAUGACGCUGGCAACUAUAUCUUGGUCUUUACGACCCGCAACGUCACGCUUCCCGAGUGGCUAUGGCAAGGUUGAGAGCUUGGGUGCCCUGGGCGUCAGUGGUCUCUUGUUGUUUGGCGGGAUUGGCAUUGGAUUCAACGCUCUUGAUGUGCUGUACUCGCAGUUCGUCGUUGACGCAGCGGCUGUGCACGCGCAUGACCAUGCCGAACAUUCAUCUGGCUUGUUUGGAUUCCUUGGUCACAGUCAUAGCCAUGGAGGCGUACCUGACCUCAAUGCUGCAUGGCUUGCUGGAGGGUCGAUUAUCGUCAAAGAGUGGUUGUACCGUACUACCAUGAAGAUUGCCCGAGAACGCAAGUCCGCAGUUCUUGCCUCGAACGCCGUCCAUCACCGAAUCGACUCCCUGACGAGCAUAGUAGCUCUUGCUACUAUCGGAGGAGCACAUGUAUUCACUGACGCUUCAUGGUUGGAUCCUGUCGGAGGAUUGAUCAUCUCGGCCAUGGUCAUAAGAGCUGGCUGGAGCAACACCAAGGCUGCUCUGCUUGAAUUGGCCGAUAUCACGGUGGACAACGAUGUCAAGUCUGCGGUACGGAAAGCCGUCACUCGAGCGCUGCAAGGUGACUCGGCCAAAGGCAUCGCAGCUGUCGACUUUGGAAACGAGACAAAGAUCAGAGAUAUCCAGGGUACCAAAUCUGGUCAGAAUUACCUUGUGGAUAUUGAGUUGGGCGUCCCGAAAGACUUCACGCUGCAACAGAUGGAAAACAUCGAGGAAGCCGUCCGAGAAAGGGCAGGCUCCAAAGUACGGGGAGUCCGACGUGUUCGAGUCAAGUUUGUCCCUGUGGAUGAUACUGAGAUCACGCUUGCCAGCGACUUUAUCGACCCAGACGUCAGUCCUAGAAGCAGUCCAGAGCCAGAGGACGAACGGGAUCAUGACCACGAUCAUGACCAUGAUCACGGCAAGGCGCACGCCAGAGGUGACGGUCAUCAGCAUCCCAAUGGCUAUGCGCCAACGACAUCCAAGACCAAGAAAGAUGCAUAG